CCCACCUCUACGACUAUCUAGCAAGAAGCACCUCAAAUCUGACACAAAUUUUACACAAAAAAAAAGCAGCCGGUUUAGAGAGAGAAAGCUGAGCUACUCUAGAGAGAGAAAAUGGCAGCAACCGCAGCAGUUACAAUGGCCGUGCCAUUGACCAAUGCAACCCAAAAGAGGAUCCAAUCCUCCGCCGAGAGCUUCUUCAAGCCACUGCCACUGAGGCCCUCAAAGGCAUUGGCACCCGCCGCGUCAAAAUCGAGCGGGAGGCUCCAAGUCAGGGCUUCCUUGAAGGAGAAGGCGGUGACCGGAAUCACGGCGGCCGCGCUCACCGCCUCAAUGGUGAUCCCGGAAGUGGCAGAAGCGGCCUCGGGAGUUUCUCCUUCUCUCAAGAACUUCUUGCUCAGCAUUGCGGCCGGCGGCGUUGUAGUUGUUGUGAUCGUUGGUGCUGUGGUUGGCGUGGCCAAUUUCGACCCUGUUAAGAGAGGCUGAGGAUAUGAAGCAUUCACAAAUCUAUCUUAUUGUAUAUGUCAAGAAAUUUUCUGUCUGUUUUCCAUCUGUGUAAGAAGUGACUCUUAUUCAACUAGUAAUUUGACAGAAAACUGUGAA